CAACAGUUGCUUGGGAACUGCUGUCAAACAAAACAUUCUCGGUGAACCUGAACCGAAUCUUCAUGUAACUUAGCUAAAGGCUUUUUUUUACUUAGUUUACUGCGCCUUUUGGACGGUAAUUUGUAAACAAGCAGCAUGGCAGGUACUAUGUACCCACCGGAAAGCAUAUACAACCUCAUUCCGAGAGAGGAGGUUAAAUUUGAGAAACCACCCAGGUAUAUGUCAAGGUUCAGAGAACAAGUAAAGCUUGAGAAACAGACAAACAAAGCACCAAACAAGACCAUGGGUCCUGCUAAGGUAGAGGUGCCUUCUCCUGAGAAAUACCUCCAUAAACACUCUAAAGAGGUCAAAAGUACUGCAAAAAAAUGUUUUUUUGACUCGGUUGAUGAGUUUAAACCACGGAAACCCCGAGUUCCACCAAAGUCUGACAAGCCUCUUAUGGGCAUUCACACAAAAAAGGACUUUGUGAAAACGAAUGCUAUUGAGAGCAUCAUGGCUGUGCCUCGGAAACCACAGCCCAUCUAUGUUGAUACCAAAAAGGGGGAUAAGCACCUGAUGGAGAAAUCUGGCCUUGUCCCUAAGUAUCUGAAGAAAAAGGACUAUGGGCAAACCCCAGAAUACCUGCUGCAGAGGCAAGAGGAGGUGAAGAGGGCCCAGGAAGAGUAUGACAAAUACGUCCAGGAGUGCAUGAAACAGGGAGCCAUGAAGCAGCUCUCAGGUGAAGAGCGGAAGAGCAUUCUGGAGGGUCUGAAGAGGAACUGGGAUGAUCUGCAUCAUCAGUACCAGGGCCUGUCCGUCAUCACUGACACCACUCCCAAGAAGUACCGCAAGGAGCGCCUUGAGCUGGAGAUGAAGCAUCUAGAGCGAGACAUCGAUCUCAUCGAGCGCUACAAGACCAUUUACAUCGCCAGCAACUAGCCCAAGAGACACUGGAGAUUGACCAGGAGGAACCAGUAGGACUAAAUAAGAGGGUUACUGCCACUGAACUUGGAAUACUUUUUGUCAUUAUUGUCACCGUUUCAUUUUGUUCCAAAUAAAUGAAUGACAAGUCUUUGCAAUAACA